UGGCGUACCGAUCACACGAUAAAAUCCCCGACACACAUUUUUUGUCGAGUUAUCUCGACAUUUUCUGCAAAUAUCGUAAUCGAAAGAGACACUUUUCUCACGCCGAAGAAUAUCCUAUCGAAUUAAAACUCUCUAUAUCGAGUUAUAACAGUUAUAUCGUCUCAGUGUCUGAAAUCAAAGUUGGCUGGAAGAGACAGUCUCGAGAGACAGAUUGCCAUCAGUGAUUAAUGUCGACAACGUGAUUCAUCAAGAUCCCGAAGACAUUGAUCGGCCCUUAAUGGGUUUGUUCAUGAAAUGCGCCACGUUCAGGUGUAAUUCAGAUGUUCAUUGAUCCACGAAGGCUUGAAAGUGAUCGAGGUCCGGCGGAAAAGAUUAUCGGACGAGCGGUUGACAACCUCUGUUUGAUCUUUGUAAAGAGCAUUCGCCGGAUUUCCGAACAAUAGAAUGCGCAGCUGAUCGGGAUGACGAGGCACUCUCUGGUGAUUAUAUGCUGCUACUUGUAUACUCUGUUUGACAUGGCCGUCCUGCAUUUUCCAGAGCUGGACUUCGAUGAGUACGGUAAAAAGGAAUCUUCUUUGUCUCUGAGGGACAUCCUGCCGUUAAAUCCAAAGCAAUAUGACAAGCACAGAGCGCCGAAAUUCCUUGGACAGCCCACUGUCGUAUAUUUUCAUGUGACGGUGCUCAGCUUAGAUUCAAUAAAUGAGGAAUCGAUGACGUAUGUGGCCGACAUAUUUCUCGCGCAAAGCUGGAGGGACUCCAGGCUGCGGUUACCAGAGAACAUGUCUGAGGAUUACCGGAUACUCGACGUGGAUUGGCUGCACAACAUCUGGCGACCUGACUGCUUCUUCAAGAACGCGAAAAAGGUCACUUUCCAUGAGAUGUCCAUACCGAAUCACUAUCUCUGGCUGUAUCACGACAAGACGCUGCUUUACAUGUCCAAAUUGACAUUGGUACUUUCCUGCGCGAUGAAAUUCGAGUCCUAUCCGCAUGACACUCAAGUUUGUUCGAUGAUGAUCGAGAGCCUUUCGCAUACGACUCAAGAUCUGGUAUUCUUGUGGAACAUGACGGAUCCUCUCGUGGUCAAUCCGGAGAUCGAACUGCCGCAACUCGACAUAUCGAACAACUACACAACCGACUGCACGAUCGAAUACUCGACCGGAAAUUUCACGUGCAUACAGAUCGUCUUCAAUCUGCGCCGGAGGCUCGGCUAUCAUCUGUUCCACACGUACAUCCCGUCCGCUCUGAUCGUCGUCAUGUCUUGGAUCGCUUUCUGGAUCAAGCCGGAAGCGAUCCCGGCACGGGUCACUCUCGGCGUGACGUCACUGCUGACCCUCGCAACGCAAAACACGCAGUCUCAGCAAUCUCUGCCGCCGGUCUCAUACGUAAAGGCAAUUGACGUGUGGAUGUCCUCCUGCAGCGUGUUCGUCUUUCUGUCUCUCAUGGAAUUCGCAGUGGUGAACAACUACAUGGGGCCCGUCGCCACAAAAGCCAUGAAGGGUUAUUCAGAUGAAGAUCUUCGAGAGGCCAUCGACGAUUUCAAGACACCGAUGAGGCCGGAUGCCGAGAGAAACAGAAGUCCAGUGAGAUCACCAAUGGUUCAGUACGACCAGUGUUGCGAAGGACGUGCCACCGCCAUUUACAUCGACAAGGUUUCCAGAUUUUUCUUUCCUUUCUCCUUUUUCAUCCUUAACGUCGUAUAUUGGAGCACCUUCCUGUAAAGUAAGCCGGCAGAGCGUACUUCCGGCGAGAAACAAAUAAACUUUUUGUGGAUGAAAUGUACGGAGAAAAAUUUUUUCGCGAAAGACGCAACAAUAUAUUUGUUGAAACACGUGAGAAACACAAUUUCAACGGAAAUUACAUCCCUCCGCUUUAUAUAAGAUAUCACAUGUAAAUUACGGCACAAUAAGAAAAUUCAGUAAAAGCGAAAUUAAUUUCGUAUUAAUAUGUUUGCUAAAAAUAUAUUGUAAAUGUUAACGUACCAUAUAAAUAUAACAGAUAUCAAUAAAAUUUGUAAAGCAACGUAACUUAGUCACUAAUUUCAUGAAGUUAUAAAAAUCUACUGUGUGCAAUUUCAAAUUAUUAAAAAAACUAUAUAUGUUGGAAAACUAUAACAUUACUAUAAAAUUGUUACAUGUGUAUGGAAUUUUAAUUACCACUACGAUGAUACUAGUUUAUAUGAUAAUUAAGAAUUAAGUGAUUAAUAUACAAAGAAAUAUGUUAAAGAGAGAACAAUUAUACUCACCUCAUGUUCUUCAUUCUCUCAAGCUCAAACUCAGAAAAGAGAGAUUAUACUUUCUAAAAUACAAUUUAUAUUAUAAAUCUCAUAUUUCUAGCUCUGCGAAUAAAAAUACAUAAUAAAUACAUACUUAUUAACCAAAUGUUAUAACUUUAAUACAAUAAUAUUUAAAUAGUUUAAUAUUAAAAAAAAUUUUUUUUUGUAGAACUGAAGUAAAUAUCUCCGUAGUAACUUCAAACAAAAACAAAAUAAAAACUAACUAAAAAUAUUUUAUUAAAAGUGAGAAAAUGAAAAUAAGAGAUAAAAGUCUUAUAAAAAAUACAUGAGGAAAAUUGUAGAGAGAGAGAGAGAGAGAGAAGUAACAAAAAUACUAAAGUUAAUCGAUACUUGCUUGCAGUAUGCGAUAUAUUGCACAAUAUGCGUAAUAAUCUGGAUUAUUGCGGUAGUAUCAAAAUCAUAAUGAAUAUUGUUUAAUUGCUCCAUUCGCCAACUGAACUCUUCUAGAGCAAGUUAAUGGCGCGUGCUGACUGACACAUGACGGAGUAUUACUACUGCAGCAGAUCAUUACUAUUUUGUGCGCUAUAAUAAAUUGAGCAUUUAUGUCAGUAUUUCUUAACUUUUUUAAUCUAACGCUCCUCUACAAAUAAUUGUUUAACAAAAUCAAAAGAUAUUUAUGGUUUUAUAGAAUAAGCAUAAAAAUUAAAAUAGAAAAAGUAAAGUGUUUUAUGCAAAUCUCUUUUAAAUAAAGAAAUUCGUAUCUCAACAUAUGAGCCCCGGGAAAUGAUUUUUUUUUUUUACUCAAAAUACAUAUAUAAUACGCUUUAAGAGUGAAAUUUGUUGUUUAUCGUGAAAAA